AUGACCCGCCAAUGGCUACGCGCAAGACAAUGGCUUUUGCUACUAUUAGGGCUUUCAAAUCUUGCAUCCCAUGCCAUAGCAGCAGGCAUAUCCCUUGAUCUGGGUAGCUCCGAUUCCAUAAAAUCCGCAGCGAGCACCGUGGCAUAUGACCUAGUCACCUUCUAUACCGGCAACAAUACUGGAGAUGUUCCCGGAAACCUUCCAGAUCCAUAUUACUGGUGGGAAGCGGGAGCUUUCUUCGGAGCCUUGAUCAAUUACUGGGCUUUUACCGGAGAUUCCACCUACAAUACGAUCACCGUCCAAGCGAUGGAACAUCAGGCGGGAACAAAAGGCGAUUUCAUGCCGCUCAAUCAGACAUACACCGAGGGUAAUGACGAUCAAUCUUUCUGGGCCAUGUCAGCUAUGAUGGCUACUGAGCGAAACUUCACAAAUCCAACAAAUUCCCCGGGGUGGUUAGCAAUGGUGCAAGCGGUCUUUAAUGAGCAGGCUCAUCGAUGGGAUAAAGAAAGCUGUGACGGUGGAUUACGCUGGCAGAUUUACACUUGGAAUGCCGGGUACGGUUACAAAAACACCAUUUCAAACGGAUGCUUCUUCGACAUUGCUGCUCGACUGGCUCGAUAUACAGGCAAUGCGACAUAUGCGGAGUGGGCCAACAAGGUCUGGAAUUGGUCCAAGGUGAACGGUUUGAUCACUGCAGACUAUCAGAUCUAUGAUGGUACCACUGUUGACUCAAAUUGCUCUUCAUAUGACCGGACUCGAUGGUCUUAUACUGCUGGCAUCUACCUUCAUGGAGCUGCCGUGAUGUACAACUACACUUCAUCUCUCUCCUCAAACUCAUCUUCCAACUCAUCCACAGUGUGGAAGAACCGAGUCGAUGGGCUCCUCACCGCCACUAACCAUUUCUACUCCACUGCCAACUCCAGUGCCAAUGUCAUGGAGGAGCCCCCUUGUGAGUCGACGGGUAGCUGCGAUACGGAUCAGUUAUCAUUCAAAGCAUACUUGUCUCGCUGGUUAGCCGAUGUGAUGCAGCUCGCGCCCUAUACCUACGACACAAUUAUAGCCAAAGUUCGUGCUACCGCAACCGCUGCUGUUAGCCAGUGCCAGGGGGGAUCUUCGGGUACCUAUUGCGGGCAUAAAUGGUCCAGUGGAAGCUAUGAUGGUACCACUGGAGUGGGCCAGCAGAUGGGCGUUCUUGAGGUUCUCCAUGGACUUCUCGCCACAGAAAUCACUGGGCCCGUCACAGCGAACACGGGUGGAACGAGUGAGGGUAAUGCUGCGGCUGGGACCGAGUCUGAUGAAACGGAGGAUGAAAUCCUAUUCUCCACCAUCACGACGGCCGAUAAAGCGGGCGCGGCGGUUCUCACGGCGGUAGUCGUUGGAUUGAUUUUUUCUGCUGUUUAUGUGAUGCUUGUUUGA